GCUGAUUCAGGAACAGUUACCAUAAGAACACGCAAAUUUCUUAGUAACCGGCUAUUGCAUAGAAAGCAAUUUGUGGUAGAUGUUAUUCACCCUGGUUGUGCUAACGCAUCAAAAGUUGAAAUUCGCGAAAAAUUGGCCAAAAUGUAUAAAACUGACAAAGACUUUGUUUUUGUUUUCGGUUUUCGUACCGCUUUUGGUGGUGGUCGUUCAACUGGUUUCGGUUUGAUUUAUGAUACUCUUGAAAAUGCGAAAAAAUUCGAACCAAAGUAUCGACUUCAUCGCAUUGCAGAAGCUGAGAAGACUGCUCGUAAACAACGUAAAGAGCGAAAGAAUCGUGCCAAGAAAUUCCGUGGUACUAAGAAGACAAAAUCUGUUAAGAAAGAAAAGUAA